AUGGCAUCGUCUUUAGCCAGGUCGGCCGGCGAAGGCACAUCCGCGUCCUCCGUGGCUGCUUCUCCUGGUUCCGCUGAGUUUUGUGUGAUUCCCUCCGCCGCUUCCCCUGCUUGUGGUCCUGGGUUGUUCCUCCUGCGUGGGGUUUCCUCAUCGUCCAAGGAAAUUUCUUCCGAGACCUCCUCUUCCCCAGCCAUAAACUCUGGGUCAGCCUCAGAGUUGUCAGAAGCCUCUGGCUCCCCAUUCGUCUGUGGCGUCUCUCUCUCCGGCCUGUCUCCCCCGUGCAAAUUUCCGCGGUUGCCCUGUCUAGCAGUGCUUGCCGUUUCCGCCGUGGCGUUGCCUUCGCGGCCCGCCGGCAUCCACGGUGUUCGGCCGCCCCGUGGUAAACCCCAGGUUAUCGUUCCAAGCCUCGCCGAGUGCCUGGUGCCGGCCGUCACCGCCGCUGUCGCAUUCGCAUCAGCCGCUUCUGCCAUUAACCCUGCUGCCCGUGGCGCCACAUUCGCCCCACGGUUACCAUUUCCUGCACCCUCCUGCGCCUGCGUUGUUGCCGCCGGCGUCGCUGCUUGUGCAGUGGCAGUCCGUGCUGACGUGUCGCCUUGGGAUGGCAACGGAUGCGCUGGCUCUCGUGGCGACUGCCCUUGCCGUAGCCAGCCCAGGAGGGGUCCCAGGGAUCCACGUCCCAGCCCUGCUCCAAGCCGCCUCGGUGCUGGCUGGGCUCGGGUCUUCUUCCUUGACGCCUUCUCGCAGGAGGGUGAAACCAUGCCACCGGUCGCGCACCCCGAUCUAUCACCCACCCGCUGGCCGUGCACUUGCGUGUCUGCGUCCGCAGCAGCAGCAAGCGUUUUGGCGGACGAACCGCCAGCCUGCCCAGCAUCUCCGUUCGAGCCUUCAUCCUGUCGCCUCGCUGCUGCAGCAACCGCCACAGCCAGCUCUGCCGCUUUUGGAGAGUGA